AUGGGGGAUGUGCAGAUGGGGGAGACGGAGACCUUCGCGUUCCAGGCGGAGAUCAACCAGUUGCUGAGUCUCAUCAUCAACACCUUCUACUCCAACAAGGAGAUCUUCCUGCGCAAGCUGAUUAGCAACGCCUCGGAUGCACUCGAUAAGAUCCGGUUCGAGGGUCUCACCGACAAGAGCAAGCUGGAUGCCCAGCCGGAGCUCUUCAUCCGCCUCGUGCCUGACAAGGCGAACAAGACACUUUCCAUCAUCGACAGCGGCAUCAGCAUGACCAAAGCUAGUAAUUUCUCUUCUCUGCACCUUGUCGGGAUGACGCCGCCGUCCCGACGAACGCUCAAGCCCAUAGGCGGCAUUAGCCCCGUGAUGUUUGGAGCGCAGCUGUCGGCAGAAGAGGCGGAGAGCUUGAGCGAGAGUUCCAUGCAUGGGCAUUUAGGAUUUAUGCUCUCAUGUUAUGAUGCUGAAGUUAGCUACGAUGACUGCACUGACACUUUUCUGGCAAGGCACAAGGAAGAAGAAGAGCUUCUGAAUCUUUGUUCCUUCGAGGUUCAGACAGCUAUGGAAUCAGCUUUGGUAACUGCUAUGGCUCGCAUCAUGGGCGAGAAGGUGGCAAUUCUCAUCCGACGCAACAAGAACGUCAAGGAAAUAACUGAUAUUGAAGAGAAGAUGGAGAAGCUCAAGGAGUUGUUGCUAAUUGUUAACAUGGUGAUCCAAGAUGUCGAGUCCCGCCCUUUCACUUAUGAUAUGAAGAUCUUGUCAAGGAAGCUCAGGUACUUGGUCUACGAUCUCGAGGAUGUUGUGGAUUGCUAUGACACUGAAGUCUUGCGCAAGCAGAGAUCAAGAGCUUCUUUUAGGUCGGUGAAUGAUUUCUUCUCUUCUAAUAACCAAAUUUUGUUUAAGAGUAGGCUAGGCAGCAUGAUAAAAGCUGUAACAGAUAGUCUGGAUUCAAUUUUACUGCAAAAGUCAAAGCUUUUGAAUUUGUCACAAGGCAAUUUUGUGAUGGAAAAUCGACAUUUCUGUUGUUGUCAUCUUAGUGGUAAGUAUUUUGUUCUUCAUUUAGUGGAUAUGUGA